AUGUUCGUUACGUUAACUGCUUCCAAGAUAGCUGCUGUGCCCUAUCAUUCGUUUGUCGCGGGGCGUGGGGUCGGCACCUGUGCUCCGACAUGUCAGCGACCGGCGAGUGACACGUCAAUUGAGAUGCGGGUUCGGGUGCUCGUGAACCCGGGAGAACCCGUCGAUAGUGCGCUGAGAAGGUUUAAGAAGGAGGUGGUGAAAGCCGGCAUCCUGCAGGAAGUGAAGCGUCGACAGUUCUUCGAAAGCAACACGGAGAAGCGACUGCGACGGACGGCGUUGCAGAAGCAACGAGCGCGACAGGCGACUCAGCGCAACCGUUGA